AUGGUCAACUCAUUAGUGUGGUCGCCCGAGGAGGCCAAGUACCUCAAGGCGAUAUUUCGCUGGCAAGAAACAGAACCCUCUCUGGACGAGGAACGGAAGCGCCAGCAAGCCGAAGAGGACGAGCGGAGGCGACAGCAAGAAGAGAAGCCAGCGGGCGAGUUCCGGGUACUUGUGAUCGGUGGCCGGGGCACAGGCAAGACGGCUAUCCUGACGAGAUUCGGCCAAGGGACCUUUCACGGCGAAACCGAGCCUCCCGACCCCUUCUACGAGCGAGGCUGCCGCCAUCCGAUCACUCUCGAGGUCACCCCGACAUCUGCCCUCCCGACCUCGGCCACAGCUCACGCCCUCACCACCAGCUCACCCACAACCACAAUCCCGACCCCCAAAGGCACCACGACCAAAUCCUAUUCUGUCCCCCACCUCAGCAGCAGCAAACAACCCUCCUCACCCCCCCUCAAACAUCACCACAACAACCACCACAACCACAACCACAACCACAACAACCAUUACAACCACCACCACCACCAACCCACCCCCCAAAACCCCACCCCCAAGCAACAAACCCAAACCCAAACCCAAACCUACCUAAUCGACGCCCUCGAAAUGCCCUCCAACCAACUCCUCAGCAACCCGCUCCUCGCCCAAGCCCUCUCCAUCACCGAGGCCGCCGUGCUCGUCUACUCGGCGCGCGACGCCGCCUCGCUACAACUCGCCCAGGGGCUAGCCGAGUUCAUGCGCGAGCACUUCGCGCCCGCCUCGCCAACUAGUGUGCGGUCUGGUGGGGUUGGGGGGGUUGAUCGCGGGAGGGCGUAUCCGAUUGUUUUGGUGGGGAAUAAGAGUGAGGUGGAAGAUGCUGGUGGUGAUGGUGGUGGUGGGGGUGAGGAGAAGGUGGUGGUGAGUCGGGCGGUGGGGUUGAGGGCGGCGAGGGGGAUGGGGGUGGCCGGGUGUGGGGUGGCGGAUGUGCCGUUUUUGGAGGUGUCGGCCAAGACGGGGGAGGGGGUGGUGGAGGUGUUUGAGGUGGUCGGGCGCGAGGUGCUGAGGGUGCGGCGGGCGGUGCGGGAGCGCAGGGAGGUGGCCGAACGGGAGAGGUUGAUGUCGGCUGUUGGGUCGGUGCAGACGGCGGGUGGGGAGGGGAGGAGGAGGUGGAGGGCGCUGUGGAGGACGCUGUUUGGGAGACGGGAGGUCGUGGAGGGGGCAAGGUGA